UUCAAGUCAUAUGACAGGGAGGAGGGGUGUGCUCACUAUCAAAACACUUUCUCGUACGUCUAAAAUGAGUUUUCUAAAACACCGCCGCAGGUUUUUUACAUGAGGAUCGUACCGUCUCGUGACCUCACCACAACUUCGAUGCCCUUGCGGUUUUCAAAGGAUUUCACAAAAUGAUCGCAACUUGUGAUGAAUCACACGCAGAAGGGAAAAGCAAAAGCCGUCUGGACAGUAAUGGACCCGUCGGGAAGUUUAAGGGAAUGAAGUGCAGCGUCUCUGCGGGGGAUAACGGCCUCCGUCGCUCCGUCGCACCUGUGACCUCACCUGAGUCCGCCUGCGCGCGCAUCUCGCUGCCGGGAGUGAUGGACGCGGAGGGGCGAGUGGACGAGUCCAGGCUCAGGGUGCAUAUUUUUAAAAACGGCGGUGUGUCACCUGAUGAACGUGGUCUGGUGUGGCGUUUUCUCUUUGGCAUGUACCCCUGCAGCUCCACGGCUCUGGAGCGCCCCCUACUGCUGGAACAGAUGGAAGUGCGUUAUCGGGUCAUGAAGAGGAAGUGGCAACAGCUGCUUCCUGGAGCCGUUCGCCUGCGUCUUAAUGGCACUGAUGAUGAACUGUUGACGGCAGUGAAGUUUUUUGACCAAAGGCAGGACAGAGAGCAGAAAAGACAGCAGUAUGAUUCAGAAGAGGCCACGGAGAAGAUGUCUUUUCUGCAACUGCAGGCUCAGGUGCUGUUUGAACGGAUAACCUUUGACCUGGAGGAGCUUCAGGAGGCCAUACGCAUCAUUGACAAAGACGUUCCCCGAACCGAUCGAGAUCUGCCGUAUUUCCGGAAUGAAGGUUUGGGAAACCUGCUUGUACUGAGAGAUAUCCUAAUCACAUAUGCUGCUUUUCACCCAGAAGUAAGUUACGCUCAAGGCAUGAACGAUCUGUGCAGUCGAUUUCUGGAGGUGCUGCAUUCAGAAGUGGACACCUACUGGAGCUUCUCCUGCUACAUGGACAAGUUUUCCAAAGACUUCUGUGCUGAUGGACUGUAUCGCAAAAUGGAGCUGGAAGCUGCUUUAUUGAAAGAGCUGGACCCUCAGCUACACUCUCAUCUGGUCACAGACAACAUGGAAAAAAUCACAUUUUGUCACAGAUGGCUUCUGCUGGCUUUCCAGCGGGAGUUUGAGCACAGCGAUGCUCUGCGUCUGUUUGAGAUUCUCAGCUGCGAUCACCUGGAGCUCAUCUCGCAGCAGGUGGAUCGGGCCCGAUAUCAGGAGAGACUUGCGUGCAAAUACAGCCUGGAGGAGGAAUCCGUGACGGAGCUGCAGGCCAUAAACACGGACUUCACUUUCGAACUCUUCAUGUGUGCCACCAUCUUGCUGGAGAACAGAGAAGCUUUACUCAGCUGCACGAACGAGGUGCAGCUCAUACAGUUUACCAGCAGUUUGCAGGGACAGAUGGACCUGAACAGCACCCUGAAAAAAACCGAGGAACAUUUUUACAACUACUGCAAACGCUCAGCCUGGGACUAUUUGAGCGGCCGCUGUCGCAUGCGCAAGAGCAAAGAGGACCACUUUUUAUAUCAGCUCCGUAACCUUUUCUCCUGAGACUAAAAGGCCUGCACGGAAUUCUCCAAAAAAUGUUUUGUUGACAGGAACUUUUGAAAAAUAUUACGCUCCAGUGAGACUUUUUUCUAAAGAAUGAUGCUGCUUUUAAACGGGACUGGACUCCCUCCACACAGUUCCUUCAGUAUUUGAUCUUAAUUUAUAAGGCUUCUAUUAUGGCUCCAGAAUUUCUGUGAGAACGGCUCGAAACACACAUUUAAUCACUUUAAGAUAAUCAAAUAAGAAUUUUAUGGAUUUUACCCUGGCUGUGCUUGAAAACGUUGAGUAGCAUAGUACUGAAGACUUGAUUAAAAGAAUAGUUUGGCCAAAAAUGGAAAUUUUUCACCCUCAGGCCAUUCAAGAUACAGAUAAGACCGUUUCAUGAUCAAAACAGAUUUGGGGAAAUGUAACAUUGUUCCUGGCAGGCAAUGGAUCCUCUGCAGUGAAUGGGUGCCGUCAGAGGCCAAACUGCUGAUAAAAACAUCCUUAAAUCAAUUAAUAUUUUGCGAAAACAAACCUAUAAUUAAAUCAUCUUAACUAAAACCAUUGGUGAGCAAGUGAUGCUCGGUUUCUCCAAAUCUGUUCCCACAAUGAGACAAACAUCUUGGAUUGCGUGAGGAUGAAUACAUUUUCAGCUAAUUUAAGCCUGACUACAGAGGUGCUUUAUAUAUACGUUGAGGUAAAAGAUACAACGUCAGAGUUUGCUUCAUCUUAAACAGGAUUUUAUACUACACUACAGCUGAGAUAACGGACAGCAGGAACCCUUACUGCUGAUCUAAGCGAGUAUUAUUCAGUCUCAGAAACAUCUGGUGCCUGCGUAUUGGACGCAUUACAGCACAAUAUAAUAAUAGAAAUGCAGUCUCAGUUCUGAGAAGCUCUAGAAGACCCUCUGUGGUGUUGUCUUACCAAUCGUAGAGUGCUCGAGCAUGUAGUGAUCAGAAAUAGAACGUUGAACCAGGACACCUUUCACUUUGAGACCACACUUUAAUUAUGUAAGAGUACACUAUAUAUGUAUAUAUAUAUAUAUAUAUAUAUAUAUAUAUAUAUAUAUAUAUAUAUAUAUAUGGAGUAUGGAAUAUUUGGUUGUUAUUUAUUAUAAACUGACACACUAUGACACAAUUAGUGAAGGGGAAUUGUUAGUUGAAGGGGAACUAUGACACUUUUUGUGGGAACGGGUACUGUAAUUUUGAUGCUGUCCGCUGGUGUCUGGAUUAUAUUUUUAAUUUUGCACAGCACGUUUAUUGUUUUAAUUAAUGUAGCGAUCAUGAAUAGACAGCACUGCGAUGUUAAACAGGACGAAUGAAUCCAUCUGCACAUUUUAAUGAGGUUUGUGUUCAAGUCAUUGAUGAACCGGUGAGUGUGUGUGUGUGUGUGUGUGUGUGUGUGUGUGUGUGUGUGUGUGUGUGUGAGAGAGACAGAGAGAGAGAUUUAUUUUAAGAUUACUGUGUACUGACAUUUAAGCUGUCAGUUUCUAGUGAGUCACUUCAUAAAGAAUAGACUCACGCAUGCUAGCCUACAAUAUAGAGUCUACUGCUCUAUUAAAUGUUUUUUUGUGAA